AUGGAGGUCCUGGAGGACUUGAGGUUCGUGGAGGACAUGGGGACCUUGGAGGACUUGGGGUUGUUGGAGGAUUUGGUGACCGUGGAGGGCUGUUGGAGGACAUGGAGGUCUUGGAGGACUUGGGGUUCUUGGAGGACUUGGGGACCCUGGAGGACUUGGGGCCUUGGAGGAAUUAGGGAUCUUGGAGGUCGUGGGGUUGUUGGAGGUUUUGGGGUUGUUGGAGGAUUUGGGGUCUUGGAGGAUUUGGAGGACUUUAGGUUCUUGGAGAAUCUGGGGAUCCUGGAGGACUCAGGGUUGUUGGAGGACUUGAAGUUGUUGGUGGAUUUGGUGACCUUGGAGGACUUCGGGACCUUGGAGGUCCUGGGGUUGUUGGAGGACUUGGAGAUGUUAGAGGACCUAAAGACUGUGGAGAACUCAGGGGUCGUGGGGUUCUUGGAGGACUUGGGGAUCCAGGAGGACUUAAGGACCUUGGAGGACUUAGGGUUGUUGGAGGACUUGAGGACCCUGGAGGUUUUGGGGAUCUUGGAGGAUCUGGGGUUGUUGGUGGACAUGGGGACCUUGGAGGUCUUGGGAUUCUUGGAGGACUUGGGGGUCCUGAAGGACUUAAGAACCCUGGAGGACUUGGGGAUGUUGGAGUACUUGAGGACCCUGGAGGUCUUUGGGAUCUUGGAGGAUUUGGGUUUGCUUGUGGACCUGGGGACCUCGGAGGACUCGGGGUU